CCCCAGUCAACGAUCCUCGGACGCCAGAGGAGCCACUCCCAGUACUCCGGUCGAUUCAAACAAGAGGAGAAGGACGAGAUGAAGAAGAUGCGACAUAAUCUGAAAGAGAGCAGUCGACCCAUCCUUGGCGGCUCCAUGCGGCACAUCGGCGAGGUCAUCCGCUUUCCUCCCUCGCCCACACCCGCCUCCUCCCUCCCGCCGUCUGUCCUCAACUCCCGCUCUGGCAUCCUCCACGGCAAGCCCCGCCUCGAGAGCGUUAAUCUUCCCAAUCACGACGAAUUGCGAAGACCAGUCCGUUCGUCGAGCUCGUGGUCGCCAUCGCCAGCUAAGCGGUCGGUGUCGCCGCUGAUGGUGGAGGCUCCGGUGGCGAGUGCGGAGAAGGGCAAGAGCCGCUCUUUUACGAGCUCGGGUUUGGAUUUGCUACGACGAAAGUGGCAGGGGAGUCCGUCUGAUACCACGAAGUUGAAGAAGGGUAUGGUGGCCCACCAACUCCAACUAACGUGGAACCGUUUGAUUCAGUGGAGGUGGGUGAACGCUGGGUCGGAUGAGGUGGGUCUGAUCAAGAGGACCCACGCAGAGGUUAAAGUAUUCGGUGCAUGGGUCGGACUAUCCAAUUUGCGAGCAAGGGUGGCUAGAAAAAGGAUGCAGCUGGAAAAGGAUAAGUUGCACCUGAAGUUGAUGCCAUUGCUCUCUUCUCAGUUGAAGAUACUGGAAGACUUUAGUGAGAUGGAGCGGCAGCACACCUCUGCUCUUUCUGCCAUUAAUGACUGCUUACAGGCAUCUGUGUGUAGGUUGCCUUUAGCUGAUGGAGCAAAGGUUGAUCUGCAACUUUUAGUAUCAGCUCUAACACAUGCAACGGACUUCGCUUUGACGACGAGGACGACAAUAAGCAGACUUACUGACACGAAUGCGCAGAAGAUGGUCUCAUUGCUUCCGGAGCUCAGGCAGGUGGUCAGCAGCGAAGGAGCUCUUCUGCAAGAAUGUUUCUGUUUGCUGGUUCGCAUGUCUUCUCUGCAUAUUCAGGAGCAAAGCCUCAAGUGCCAUCUGAUCCAAUUGCACUUAGAAUAUAGUUAGUGGGUGAUCAAUGGAGCCAUAUCGUGGCGAGCGAUCGAUAGGAAGGGAGCCAAAACCCUCCCUCUUGCCGUCCACCUCGUCG